UGAAGUUCCUCCAUUCACAAAUUCAACAAAAUUCUGUAAAUUUUCGUGCUUUUCGUAAUCCAGUUUUAAUUUUUUACCAACCCACAUAUAAAUUCACAAAAUUUCACCAACAAAUUCCUACUCCUAACGAAAUUAGCAUCUAGAUUAGCGAUGCCCUUGAUUCUCAUAGGAUAGGAUCAAAGGGGAUUUCUUCGUCGCCUUCGAUGACUACAAAAAAAGGGGUCUCAAAUUUAUGUCUACUUUUUAGCGUCUCGAUGAUGUCCAGGUGAAAUCUUCAUCCGGGUUGGUUCUAAAUCUGCUGCGGGUAAGUAAAAGAAACCCAAUUUGGGAUCGGCCAUUCUCAGAUCAGCUCUGGUUUUCAGAUCGGUUUCGUAGCAUCAUUUGGGGUUUUGGAUUGAGAACUCAUGGGGAAUGCCUCAUCGAUGCUCACUCAAUAUGAUAUUGAAGAAGUUCAAGAACACUGCAAUAAACUUUUCUCCCAACAGGAAAUAGUGUCCUUAUAUCAGAGAUUCUGCCAACUUGAUAGAAGUGCCAAGGGGUUCAUUUCAGCUGAUGAAUUCCUAUCAGUUCCUGAAUUCGCAAUGAAUCCACUUUCUCAGCGGCUGCUCAAGAUGGUUGAUGGUUUGAAUUUUAAGGAUUUUGUGGCUUUUUUGUCAGCAUUCAGUGCUAAAGCUAGUACGCACCAUAAGAUUGAAUUUAUUUUCAAGGUAUAUGAUGCGGAUUGCAAUGGGAAGGUGUCUUUCGACGACAUCAUUGAAGUGCUCCGUGAUUUGUCCGGUCCGUUCAUCUCCGAUGAGCAGCGAGAGCAAGUCUUGUGCCAACUAUUACAAGAAGCAGGCUAUACAAGAAACUCUCACUUAACACUCGACGACUUCAAUAAGGUUCUUGGUAAUUCAGGUAUAAAAAUGGAUGUAGAAGUUCCAGUUGACUAGUUGUUGAUCUGUUAAGCUGGACCUUCAAAUUUACCUUCAGAGAAAAAGUUUAACACAAAGUUCCUUUCAGAACUUGGACCAGAAUGCUCACAUCCGCUUCAGUUCAGUUCAUCUCUGUGACAGAAAAUUGUAACGGAAGACAGUUUUUAUACUCCAUUUCCAAAGAAGACCCUCUUCUUUUUCAUAUUUGUAAAGACUGUCAAUAAUGUCAAUUAAUGAUUUAUUAUUUUGAGGUUAA